AUGGAGAGAGAGAGCGAAAAGGCGAAACCGCACUUGAUCUUCGCGUACGGCACGUUGAAGCGAGGCUUUCCGAACCACUAUCUGAUGGAGGAGUUGAGGAGCAAAGACGACGCCGUUUUGCUUGGCAGCUACGUGACGAACGAGCCUUAUCCGCUGGUGUGUGGGCCCCACGGGAUCCCAUACCUGAUCAAACUACCCGGGUCGGGGCAUCGCGUGAAGGGCGAGGUCUAUGCCGUGUCGGAGGAGGCGGUGGUUGUGCUGGACGAGUUCGAAGGCGUGAGCGCGGGGUAUUACGAGCGGUUAGCGGUGACGGCGGCGGAGGAGAAGGAGGGUGGGGGGAAGGUGGAGGCGGAGGCGUAUUGGGGACACAGGAGAUUCGGUGAAGUGUUGUGGAAGAUGAAGGGGGAAGUUGGGUUGAGGGAGUAUGGGGAGAAAGAAGCAAGAGAGUAUGUGAGGAAGGAGGACAGAAGCGGUGGCAGAAACACUAUUCUUGACCUUGUUCCUUAA